AUGCCAGGCCAGCGCUGCAACAGGACUCUAGCCGUUGGUCUGCUGGUGAUGAUGUACCCCAUAUUGUGCAAGGUUCAGUAUGAGAAACUACACACUAUCUUCCGUACGAGAGAGAUUUGGAUCCAACUCGGCUUCAGCAUUAUCCUCAACUGGAUAGUGGCACCGCUAUUUAUGCUUGCCUUGUCGUGGGCGUUCCUACCGGACAAGCAGGGUCUCAGAAACGGCUUGAUUCUUGUUGGAGUCGCAAGGUGCAUCGCCAUGGUGCUGAUUUGGACAAGCCUGGCAAGAGGAGAUGGGAACUACUGCGCGAUUCUCGUGGCAGUCAACUCUUUUCUGCAAAUCGUCCUCUUCGCCCCUGUCGCCCUGCUCUUCAUUCGAGUAAUAGGUCAGGACUACAGUAUCUCAUCUAUCUCUUACUCGACAGUGGCCUCAGCAGUUGGCAUAUUUCUUGGCAUUCCUCUUGGUGCGGCCAUCCUCACGCGGCUGUCACUGGUCUACACCACGGGGGUCGACACCUACAACAGCAAGGUCAUACCUUUUCUGGCCCCUUGGUCACUCAUCGGUCUUCUGUACACCAUCAUCGUCCUCUUCGCCUCUCAGGGCUCCCAAGUCGUCCAUCAAAUCGUCUCCGUGGUGCGAGUGGCGGCGCCGCUGGUGGUCUACUUCUCCGUCAUUUUCUCGGCGACCCUGCUCGUCGCUCGCAGACUGGGAUUCCGCUACGGCCUCGCAUGCACCCAGGCCUUCACGGCGGCCAGCAACAACUUUGAGCUAGCCAUCGCGAUCGCGGUCGCGGCGUACGGGCCUGAGUCGGACGAAGCCCUUGCCACAACUGUCGGGCCGCUCAUCGAAGUGCCGGUGCUUCUUGGACUGGUCUACUUUGUCAAGUGGUUUGCUAAGCGUUACAACUGGGAGGACUGA